UUUAAAAGGGAGACUGCGGACCACAAACUACUCACAGACAACUGACUACGGUAGAUAAGUGACCUACUUGAUACAACAGACACUAACAUUACUCUGCAUUAAACUGCUUGAAAAUGAAUAUGUUUAAUGUAGCAAGCUUUACUCUUCUGAUCAGCAUGACCAUCCUGUUUACAACAGAAGGUAGACCCCUUCGAUGUUCCUGCACCGGAACAUAUUCGGGAAGACCCUUCCUUAGCAAGGCAAUACAUGACUUGAAGACAAUUUCUGCUGGUCCACACUGCAAAAAUGUGGAGAUCAUCGUCACAAUGAAGCACAAACAGAAAAAGACCUGUCUUGAUCCCAAUACAGACUGGGUGAAAUCUCUCAAAGAAGAAAUGGAUAAGAAGUCAAAAGUCAGUAAGAUUCUGUAAGCAUCAUUGCUGCUUAUUCCCAAAUAAGCUGAUAUUGUGCCUAUAAAAGACCAUCUGAUUAUUUUAAGGAAUGUAUUAAACUUGCAUUUAAAUGUUUAGGGUCGCUGACUCAUAUAUAUAUAUAUAUUUUUUUUUUUAUUAAAGUUAACUCAUCAAAACUAUAGAAUAAUACAAAUGGCAUUGUGGAAAUGAUGUUGUGACUUACUGUAAUAAACUUCUUAAGGUUCUUACUAUUGUAUGCUUUUUAAAGAUUAUUGAAAGAGUUCCCAUCUAUGCAUUUCUUAAUUAAAAAAGCAUUUUUUUUAUUAAUUAUUAAUAUUAUUGUUUAUUAUUAAUAUACUUAUUAAUAUUAUUGCACAAUUUUACUGAUCAUGAAUAACAUUACAGUCAAGUGACCCAAAACUUUUUAACUGUGGUGCAAACAAAUGUGUUUUUAAUUGUUAUUUAUUUGUAAUAAUUGAUUAUAAACAGUUUAGAGAAUAAAAUGUGAUUAUUUUUAUUAAUGUAAAUUUCUCUGACAAAAUAUUAACAUAUUAAGACAUUUCAUUGUGUUGGUGUUUUUGUAUUUUUAUAG